AUGCCCCAGCUGUAUCCCCUCACCUGCCUGGUGCUGACCAUCCCCGCGUCCACCUCCCCCAUGGAACAGUCUUACACUGUGCUGAAGCGAAUCAAGAUGCACGCCAGAAACUGGCCUCUCCCCGGCCGCCGGUGGACUGUGCUGCGCGGCGACAGUGAGGGCCGGCACGCGCUGGCCAAGAUCUUGGCAAUGAAGCUGACAGUUUUUCUGACUUUGAUAACACACAUGGAGAAACAGGUUCACCUCAGCUUUUUGAUUUUUUUGCUUUGGACGAAAGGUCUAACUGAUGGCAGUGAUGUCACUCAAACCUCCAUUCUCUGGAAAGACAUGGGUGACAAUGCAACGAUACACUGCAAACACACCAAGGGUAUCAAUUAUUACCAGAUGUACUGGUACAGGCAGCUUCCAGGGGAGAUGAUGAAGCAAAUAGUUUUCACAACUACUACUACUACUGAACAUAAAUAUGAGAGCGGCUUCAGUAAGGACAAAUUUCCAGCACAGAAGAGCGACGCCAACACUGGAUCUCUGACAGUGGAGAAGCUGCAGCCUGAAGACAGUGGACUGUAUUUUUGUUCAGUGAGUCAACACAGUGAUGCAGGUGACUCGGGCAGCUGCACAAAAACCCAACUGCUAGUGACAGGGAAAAGAAAAGAAGACAACGGUCUCUUUGACAGAGUACAGAUGGCGCUCUGGAUCUAGGUUGUCAUUUAGUAGUAUUUUUAAUUUAAUGAUGGAAAAACUACAGCUUGUUACA